AUGUCCAACUUUCUUGCGAUUGUUUGGCAUUUUGCUAGUCAUGGGAGCUCGUCGCUUAUUGGCAGUGCUAGUUCAAUGGAUAUAUUUCUGUGGGACUGCGAGUGGCUUGCCUUUAUUUUUGGUCUUCGUCUAUUUGGUGGAGUUGUUGUUGAUAUGGAUACAAUCUUCUGGGCCAAGACACCAGACUACCUGAAUGUACAGGAUUACGACACUUGUCGUGAAGCAGCGUCAUCCAUCUUCGAAUUUUGGGACAUUGGUGCGGCUUUUCCGUCGGGCCUUCGAGGCAUGAUGUGCUGCGGAGGUUGGCAAAAAUGUGGAACGUUAAUGGGAGAGGUCAAAAUUACCAAGCAACAUACUACUGAUGUAUCUCCUGCUCAUUUGGUCAAGUCCAUAGAUAUGCCAGCUGAUCAACUUAUCAAGACCAAACUAAGUAUUAGGUACAUCGAUGCCCGGCGACUGGCUCAAGAGGCGGCGCAAGGUUUGGCAUCCGGCGCAACUGAAGCAAACAUCGUAGAAGAAGCGUGCGAACUUUUCGAGGACCUUGGCCACGAGGAGCAGGAGGCCAUGAAAGCAGCCGCCGAUGCGGAGCCUGAGUGGAAGAGAAAAGCGCUUGAACAGGCUGAACGCCGAGAGCGAGAAUGGGAGAUCCAAGCAGCGCGUGAACGGCAACAAACGGACGGUAAAGCACAGAGUGCAACGAUUGAGAACGACGACGAAACUGGAGCAUAUGGACCAGGUAGUGAAACAACAACAUAUACAACUGUCAAAAGGACAUCUACUACAAGGGUAGUACCAGUCGACGGGGGUCCUCAUCAGGUCGGAACAUCCGCCAGCUGUUGUGUUGUAUUGUAG